AUGUCCAUGACUUCCCCAAGUGGCUCUCCAUUUGAUCUCAUCACCUCUCAACCUGCUCCGAACCCGUUGGUUGCCGAGAUGUGGGGUGUCGCUGGUAUGGUUUUGAGCUGGGCCCCUGUUAUCCUAUUUAUCCUCUUAUCGUGUGCCGGCUACAACAUCCCUUCGCUCAACAUUACUAAUGCUACCGCCAACAUCACCUCCGACGACGACUCAACAUGGGCCAUGGCAAAGAUAUCUAUCGGUCCAUCUGGUGGUUGUAUGUACUACGAUGACUCCCCUCGGAAAUGCAUUCGGACGCUCGACUUCAAGCCCGACCCCGCAUUCCUCCACCUACCAGUCAACCAGACUCUCACCACCAGCCUCUCCCAAACCCUCAAUCGAGCGUUUGUCACCAACUAUAUAAGUGCUGGAUGUAUUGGCUUUGCGACUAUCAGUCUACUUGUGGGAUUCAACGACAACAGUUGGUCUGCUACUUCUCAAAACCUCAUGAUCUGGGGAUCCCUUUUCGCCUGGCUCUCAUUUUGGCUCAACGUCGCCAUCUGA